UGUUAAAACACGGUGUUUUAACCAUGCGUUUCUAAACCUCUUCCCGUUUUUUUUUGUCGUAUUACUCCUUCCCUGAUAUUAAUUAAUCAAAUUUCAAUAACUCCCCCGUCCACCAUGCCCACCCCACGGCACAAACUCAUCCCCAUCUCCAAGCACCGUCGCCGCAAAUCGACGCGCAGCGGGACCCCCUACCCCAGCCCGUCCCUCAGCCCGUCGCCCCCGCACUCCCCCCUCAUCCCCGAGCCCGUCAACAGUCUGGAGCGCCGGCACGCCGACGUCUCCUACCUGCACUCGGUGUUCUACGCUGUCGGCCACUCGGAGACGGAGGCGGCGGCGUGCAUCCAACCGGAUCUGGAGAAAUUCCCGCUGCAGCUGCACGGGGCGCCCGAGGAGGACGAGACGGACGAGGAGCGCAUGGACCGCUUCUUCCAGACCGUGGAACGGCGCAUGUACCGCGGGGUACCCGGGCGGGAGAUUCGGCGGUUGAUCGGCAGGAUGCUGGAUGUCAAGGGGAAUCGCGUGGUGUGGUGGUUGGAAUGGGCCCCGUCGUUAGCGCAGCCGGAGAGCAAUCCCUUCCGCUACGGCAUCGUCAGCGACGAGUGGCUGAAGUCGUACGGCGUCUACCGUCAGCUGAUGAUCGACUUCCUGACGCGCGCCACCGACGACGCCAUCCCCUUCCUCUCCGGUGAUCUCCGCGAGCAGCUCCAGAAGAUCCGCGCCAGCAGCCCCAUCUCCCUGCCCUCCGAGGCUCCCUCGCCCCCCUCGCCGACACCCCCGCCGCCGCCGUCGCGCGUGGAGGAGCUGGAUGAACUGGAUGUGCCGGCGGUGCCGUUGAAUCUCAUCGAAGAUCCCGUGGAAGCGGCGGCCACCGCGGUUUCCGUUUGGCCCAGCAGUCCGCCGCGCCCGGCCUCCCCCGCCCAGGAGACCGACGCCGGCGACGCCCCGGAGGAGGUGCUGCGCGACAACAACUUUGUCCCGGAGCCGUCGGCGCUGGACACCUGGCGGCAGCUGCAGACGGCGCCCGGCCUCCUGGAGGACUACUACCGCGACCAUCCCGAGCAGACCGUCGACCUCUGGUUCGCCGCCGCCUCCGUCCCCCUGCCGACGUGAGCCACCGGCGUUCGUGUGCGUUAAUCGGACCGUUGGUGUUUCAUUUUUUUGUAGAUAAUUUGUAGCGUAGGCAGAAAAUUGUUUUUACGUUGUCGGUGUUUGGUUUUUUUGCAUGUUUUCUUAAUUGGAUUUAAUUCGUCGUCUUUUUUGCGUUGUUUUCUUUAACUAAUAUAUGUACAGUAUUAUUUCCGGAAUGCGGAGGGGUCUCUCGGUCGGUAACGUUGUUAGAGAGAAUUCGCCGUUUGGUUGACGGAUUUUUGGUUGGAUUUUGUCAACCACGUUGGAACAAUAAUUAUUUGUUUUUGUGUGUUUUUUUGUUGAAUUAAACAUGAGUAAUUCUGUUA